AUGCCCGGCGGCUUGAGUCCCCGCAGCAGCCCUGCGCCGCUGCUGCGCCCCCUCCUCUUGCUGCUCUGCGCUCUGGCGUCCGGCGCUCUUGGACCCGCACCAGGUCAAGCCUCUGAGAGCUGGGUGGCAAUGGACAUCGUGCACCCGGUGCGCGUGGACGCGGGAGGCUCCUUCCUGUCCUAUGAGCUGUGGCCGCGCGCGCUGCGCAAGCGAGACGUGUCUGCACGGCACAACGCGCCUGCCUUCUAUGAGCUGCUGUAUCAUGGGCGAGAGCUGCGCUUCAACCUGACCACCAACUGGCACCUGCUGGCGCCCGGCUUCGUGAGUGAGACGCGGCGGCACGGCGGCCUGGGCCGGUCCCACAUCCAGGCCCGCAACCCGGCCUGCCACCUGCUCGGGGAGGUGCAGGACCCUGAACUCGAGGGCGGCCUGGCGGCCAUCAGUGCUUGUGAUGGCCUGAAAGGUGUGUUCCAGCUCUCCAACGAGGACUACUUCAUUGAGCCUCUGAAUGGAGCCCCAGCCCGGCCUGGCCAGGCCCAGCCCCAUGUGGUAUACAAGCGCCAAGCCACUGAGAGGCAGGCAGAGAGGGGUGCCUCCAGGGCUGCGGGCACCUGUGGGGUGCAAGCGUCCCCAGAGCUGGAGUCUUGGCGGGAGCGCUGGGAGCAGCGGCAGCAGUGGCGGCGGCGGCGGCGGCCAAGGCGUCUGUACCAGCGCUCGGUCAGCAAGGAGAAGUGGGUGGAGACUCUAGUGGUAGCUGACGCCAAAAUGGUGGAGUACCACGGGCAGCCGAAUGUUGAGAACUACGUGCUGACCAUCAUGAAUAUGGUGGCCGGCCUGUUUCACGACCCUAGCAUCGGGAACCCCAUCCACAUCACCAUCGUGCGCCUGGUCCUGCUGGAAGACGAGGAGGAGGACCUAAAGAUCACACACCACGCAGACAACACUCUGACGAGCUUCUGCAAGUGGCAGAAGAGUAUCAACAUGAAGGGAGAUGCCCACCCCCUGCACCACGACACCGCCAUCCUGCUCACCAGGAAAGACCUGUGUGCGGCCAUGAACCGGCCCUGCGAGACCCUGGGCCUGUCCCACGUGGCGGGCAUGUGCCAGCCACACCGCAGCUGCAACAUCAACGAGGACACGGGCCUGCCCCUGGCCUUCACCGUGGCCCAUGAACUCGGGCACAGUUUUGGCAUUCAGCAUGACGGAAGCGGCAAUGACUGUGAGCCUGUUGGGAAACAGCCUUUCAUCAUGUCUCCACAGCUCCUGUACGACGCCGUUCCCCUCACCUGGUCCCGCUGCAGCCGCGAGUACAUCACCAGGUUCCUCGACCGUGGGUGGGGCCUGUGCCUGGAUGACCCCCCCACCAAGGAUGUCAUUGACUUCCCCUUGGUGCCGCCUGGCGUCAUCUAUGAUGUGAGCCAUCAAUGCCGCCUGCAGUACGGGGCCUACUCCGCCUUCUGUGAUGACAUGGACAAUGUCUGCCACACUCUCUGGUGCUCCGUGGGGACCACCUGUCACUCCAAGCUGGAUGCAGCUGUGGAUGGUACCAGGUGUGGGGAGAGCAAGUGGUGUCUCAAUGGGGAGUGUGUUCCUGUGGGCUUCCAGCCCAAGGCUGUGGAUGGCGCCUGGUCCGGCUGGAGCGCCUGGUCCAUGUGCUCGCGGAGCUGUGGCGUGGGAGUGCAGAGCACUGAGCGGCAGUGCACACAGCCUGUGCCCAAAUACAAGGGCAAAUACUGCGUAGGCGAGCGUAAGCGCUUCCGCCUGUGCAACCUGCAGGCCUGUCCACCUGGCCGUCCCUCCUUCCGUCACGUCCAGUGCAGCCACUUUGACACUAUGCUCUACAAGGGCCAGCUGCACACCUGGGUGCCCGUGGUCAAUGACGUGAACCCCUGCGAGCUGCAUUGCCGGCCCUUGAAUGAGUACUUUGCUGAGAAGCUGCGGGACGCCGUGGUCGACGGCACGCCCUGCUACCAGGGCCAGGCCAGCCGUGACCUCUGCAUCAACGGCAUCUGCAAGAAUGUCGGCUGCGACUUCGAGAUUGACUCGGGAGCCGUGGAGGACCGCUGCGGUGUGUGCCACGGCAACGGCUCCACCUGCCACACCGUGAGCGGGACCUUUGAGGAGGCAGAGGGCCUAGGGUAUGUGGAUGUGGGGCUGAUCCCAGCUGGUGCGCGCAAAAUCCACAUCGAGGAGGUGGCUGAGGCUGCCAACUUCCUGGCCCUGCGGAGUGAGGACCCAAAUAAGUACUUCCUCAAUGGCGGCUGGACCAUCCAGUGGAACGGGGAGUACCAGGUGGCGGGCACCACCUUCACAUACGCACGCACAGGCAACUGGGAGAACCUCACGUCCCCAGGCCCCACCGCCGAGCCUGUCUGGAUCCAGCUGCUGUUCCAGGAGAGCAACCCUGGGGUGCGCUAUGAGUACACCAUCCACAGGGAGGCAGAUGGCCACAAUGAGGCCCAGCUGCCCGUGUUCUCCUGGAACUAUGGGCCCUGGACCAAGUGCACAGUCACCUGUGGCACAGGCAUGCAGAGGCAGAGUGUGUACUGCACUGAGUGGCAGGCAGGGCCCGUGGACGAGGGACACUGUGACCCCCUGAACCGGCCCGAUGACCGCCAGAGGAAGUGCAGCGAGGACCCCUGCCCAGCUCGGUGGUGGGCAGGCGAGUGGCAGCCGUGCUCCCGCUCCUGCGGGCCUGGGGGCCUCUCCCGCCGGACAGUGCUCUGCAUCCGCAGUGUGAGGCUGGACGAGCAGAGUGCCCUGGAGCCGCACGCCUGUGAACACAUCCCCCGGCCCCCUGCUGAAACCUCUUGCAACCAUGACAUACUCUGUCCUGCCACCUGGGCUGUGGGGAACUGGUCUCAGUGCUCGGUGACAUGUGGGGUGGGCAUUCACCACCGAAAUGUCCUCUGCACCAAUGACACUGGUGUCCCCUGCGACGAGGCCCAGCGGCCAGCCAGUGAGGCCGCCUGCCCUCUGUCGCCCUGCCCACGGCCCCUGGACAUGCUGGGCCCAGAAGGUUCGGGCAGUGGCACCUCCAGCCGGGAGCUCUUCAAUGAAGUGGACUUCAUCCCCCGCCACGUGGCCUCACGCCCUGUCCCCCCCUCGACACCCGAGCCAGCGAGCAUGGGCAAUGCCAUCGAGGAGAAGGACCUGGAGCCGGGCCCUGCGGGGCCUGUGUUUGUUGAUGACUUCUACUACGACUACAAUUUCAUUAACUUCCAUGAGAACCUGUCCUACAAUCCCCUUGAGGAGCCGGACCCAGACCUGGCAAUCCUGACAGGGGACGGCACACCCCCAUCCCUGAGCAAUCCUGCUGAGCUCCCCAUGAGCACCCCCAUACCUACCACUGAGCCUCCAGGGGCCGAGGAGAAGGGAGGACUGGGAGAUUGGUUCCCUACCCCGUGGCCCAGCCAGGCUGCCCACUCCCUGUCCCCACCUUCGGAUCAGGCCCCAGGGAACCCCUUGGCCAAUUUCUUGUCUGAGGAAGACGUCCCCAUCAGGACCCCAGACCUUGGGCUCCCUAGCUUGCCCAGGCCUCCUGCUUCAGUUGGUGGCACAGGGAUGCCUGUUGUCCCUGGGAGCCAGAAUGAGUUCCUGGGAGGGGAGGACAGCCAGAGCCCGCCACCCCCUCCGUGGGGGGAGAGGACCGAUGAAGUUUCUGAGGGUGAUGAGGCCUUAGGCCACAGAGAAUCCCCUCUGCCCCAAAGACUCCGCCCCACACUGCCCGCCUUGUCCUCCAUCAACACCGUCCGCCCCUCUCCUAGUCCUGACAUGGUGGAGCUGUGGGCAGGAGGGACUGUGUCCCAGGACCCAGCUCUGGAGGGUCGUCUGGGGCCUGUGGACAGUGAGCUGUGGCUGACCACCAUCAGGAUGGCUCCUCUUCUCCCCGCUCCCAUAGGCACUCUGCCAGAGACCUUGGGCAGGGAUGGCCCCCUGGAGCCAGGGACUCCCACCCUUUCAGCCCCAGGACCGGCUCCACGGGAGCUGCAGACGCCGGCAGUGCCGGAGACCGUCCUUCGGACAGCCUUGCCUGGCCUAGAGCAGACGCCCUGGGUGACCACCCUGAGCCCGGGACCCUCAGGCCAGCCUGAGCCCCCCAGCCGUGAGGCGCCCCCGAGUGCCAUGUUGCCGUCCAUGCCAGCUCCGGGCAGUCCUGCCAGCAGCAGCAGAGCCCCUGUGGCCCAGCCCCUGUACCCCCGCCCGGCUGAGGAGGGGCCCCCUGCGGACCUGCCGGCUGCCAAGAAUGCCAGCUGGGAAGUAGGGAACUGGAGCGAGUGCUCUACCACCUGUGGCCUGGGUGCCGUCUGGAGGCCUGUGCGCUGCAGCUCUGGCCAGGAGGAGGACUGCGCCCCCGCUGGCCGGCCCCAGCCUGCCCGCCGCUGCCACCUGCGGCCCUGUGCCACCUGGCACACCGGCAACUGGAGUAAGUGCUCCCGCAACUGUGGUGGAGGUGCCUCAGUGCGGGACGUGCAGUGUGUGGACACCAGGGACCUCCGGCCGCUGCGGCCCUUCCACUGCCAGCCAGGGCCUGCCAAGCCACAUGAUCGACGACCCUGCGGGGCCCAGCCCUGCCUCAGCUGGUACAUCUCUUCCUGGAGGGAGUGCUCCGAGGCCUGUGGGGGUGGCGAGCAGCAGCGUCUGGUGACCUGCCCGGAGCCGGGCCUCUGCGAGGAGGCUCUGAGACCCAACACCACUCGUCCCUGCAACACCCACCCCUGCACGCAGUGGGUGGUGGGGCCCUGGGGCCAGUGCUCAGCCCCCUGUGGUGGUGGUGUCCAGCGACGCCUGGUCAAGUGUGUCAACACCCAGACGGGGCUGCCCGAGGAAGACAGCGACCAGUGUGACCACGAGGCCUGGCCGGAGAGUUCCCGGCCGUGCGGCACCCAGGACUGUGAGCCUGCCGAGCCCGUGCGCUGUGAGCGGGAUCGCCUGUCCUUCGGUUUCUGCGAGACGCUGCGCCUGCUUGGCCGCUGCCAGCUGCCCACCGUCCGUGCCCAGUGCUGCCGCUCCUGCCCCCCGCCCGGCCGCGGUGCCCCCUCCCGUGGCCAUCAGCGGGUCGCCCGCCGCUGA